AUGGCUUCGAGAAGCAGCGGUGCACUGAUUUCUUUACCAGGGCCUAGCCAACUGGCACCCGAGCUUCGGCUUGCUCAGGCAGUGUCUGAGUUUGCGCAAGCCCUUGAUGGAACGAAGAAACAGGAGUUCAUGAGGCUGCAAGCUCAAUGUGCCAGCUCACCCCCUACUGCCUCAGAGGUCAUCAUGAUGACCGAGCAGCUAAACCGAGAGGGAGCUCGACGACACGCAUCUUGGACACCGGCAUCAGGAACACGUCUUGGCGGCUUUCUCAGCCGAAUACAAAAGUUUGCAGAGGCCGGAGAUGUCUUGAUCGGGGGUACACAGAGUCUGAUUGCUUCCGGUGUAUGGAUGGCUGUAAGGGUGUCGCUGGAGGCCGCCGUGGGGCACUAUGCCUACUUUGACCAGGUCUCCUCGAUGUUGAUGAGGCUGACCCGGUCCUGGUCCGUUACCUCCGAAUUUGCAAAGCAUUUCCCCAAUUCAGCUGAACUGCAAGCCUUAUUCUCCGAGUACCUUACCAGAGUCGUCCGUCUAUGCCAGCAGAUUCUUGCGGUUGCUGAAAGAUCAUCAUAUCUACUAUUGGCAUCAUCUUUGUUUUCUACCUUCGACAAUGAAUUUGGACCAAUCCAGGAGGAACUGAACAUGUACGGGGCUCUGAUCGAGAAGCAGUUCACUCUGCUUACCAGCUCGCAGGCGGCUGACAGACAACAAGCAGCAAGAAAAGAGACGGGAGGGAUGAUACGCCGCUUUUCUAAGGCGUGGAGACGACAACACAUACUCGAACAAAAGCAACACCUUUUGCAAAAUCUAUCUCCCCGACAAGGUCAACAGGAUGCAAUAUGGAGACGAGAAAGAAAGCGCGGAACCGCGAAUUGGAUUCUUACUACGUCCGAAUACAAAUCUUGGAAAGCAGGGCACCAGCCUGUGUUACGAGUUACCGGGCACCUUGGCUGCGGCAAAACUGUUGCGCUUGCUACCAUCAUCGCUGACGCACCGAUGGAAAAGAAGAAGCACGCAGGCUUCAUUUGCAAAAGAGAUGAUCCACACACGCUGGAAGGAUUCACUAUUCUGGGAAGUAUUGCCCAUCAGUUGCUGCAAUCUGGAACAGUCCGUCAACAAUGGGAAACAUUGAUCCAAGGGAGUCCUGAUACCUUUCUUGGGUCACUGACCGUUAACUCCAUUGUGAAGCUUCUGCAAAGCCUUUUGCCGCGGAACGAAACCUUUUGUGUGAUUCUGGAUGGACUGGAUGAAUGCUCAGAGGAGGAUGUGGAAAUCGUUUUACAAGCCUUACAGGACCUUCGCCAACAACAUCGAAUAUCUGUGUGCUUCUCGACAAGACUGGACGCCUCUGGCCUUCCAACCGAGCUGACACAGGAAUAUUUGGGCACUGCUGCCGAUCUGUCCUUGAACAAUGUCCUGCGUGAUACAGAAAUCGAGGAGUAUAUCAGAUUGGAGGUACAGAGACGUAAUGCUCGCCGUGAGCCACAAAUGAGCGAUGAGUUGGUGGAGCAGGUUACGAAGGCGCUGGCUGUGGGAGCUCAAGGAAUGUAUCUUUGGGUAUCACUUCAUAUCGAGGCCAUAUUCCCAUCCUAUAACGAAGGCGUAUUGACCAAUGAGUUGGUGCAAGACAUACUACAUCAUUUGCCGAAAGAUCUUCCACAAGCCUUCGAUCAGGCGCUCGACCGCAUCCCCGACCGCCGGUACGGUGAUCGAAUAUUUCAAGUGGUUGCUGUGGCGGAGACUUGCCUUACCGGGGAACAGCUGAGUGUUGCACUCACUGUCCAACCCGGUGACCCUACCUGGAAUGGGGCCCGGUUGCCUCACAGUCCCAAGCAGGUUGUCUCUCGCUGUGGUGGUGGAUUGCUGGAGCUCGACGAGGAAGAUGACCAGGUUCGAUUCAUCCAUCACAGUGUGGUACCGCAUAUGGGAAACCGAAAAGUUGGAACGGACGGCAGGAGCCUUACGCGGAGCUGGAUGGCCGAUGCAGAAUCCUUCAUGGGAUCCGUCUGUGUAACGUAUCUCAACUUUGCUGACUUCGACAAACGUAUGACUUUGAACAGAAAAGUCGAUCCCAGUUCGAUUUCAGAGAGACUAAAAAAGGAAGCAUCAAGCUCCAACCCAUUACUGGCCAGCAUGGUUCGACACCUCAAAAGGGACAAACAUCGAAGACCGGCGCCUGAACAACUGAACGUCUUCAUGACUUUGCUAGAGGUUCAAAUACCGAAAAAUGAGGCGAUGACGUGCUUCCUAUCGUACGCCUCUAAGUAUUGGACUCGACAUACAGCGCACCUCACCGAGGAGGAUGCAGCCAAAGUCGACAUAUUAUGGAGGGCGAUAAUCAACGAUAGACCGCCACAUGUUUGGGUUCCGUGGAAUACAUCUCUCGAUGGUGAAGGAGGAAUGAUUGAGUAUGCGCUCAACAAGUCGCAUGCGUACCUCUUUCGCCAUAUAAUCAGGAGUCAUUCACAGAAUAAUCACGUCUUCAUUGGGACAUGUCAGUGGGUCUCGGAACAGAUCCAGAACGAUAAAGAAAAAGUCCAAUGCCUGGACGAGUUGAAAGAGCGGUGCAUUGUUGCUGGCCCUUCUUUUGUUGCAGCAGUCUACUUCCUUGUCCUACUAACUUCAACUCCCCUCGAGAAUACCUCUGCUCAAUUCGCGCUUCACAUGGCCAGAAAGCACUUGAUAGGAAUUGGAGUUCAGGGCGUGGUAAGCCACUUGUGGGCCUUGAUUGAAGAGACACGCUCAGCGGCAUCCCUAUAUAGAGGUACCAACUCUAAAAGCGCCCAAGUGGCUUUGGCUGCAGCUCUCACUGUCUUGGCGCUGCUCCGAAGAACGAGAAACAGUCCAGAUCCCACCGAAGACGAUGUCCUCAGGUUCUCAGACAUUCUUUCAGAAGCCGCAGACGACCAUUGCUUCAAGAUAGUUUGGGAUAACCUCCCCAAGGUAGCUGGAUGGGCAUCAGAUCCACAAUCCCUGGCAUCACAGGCAUUACAAAAUGCAAUCGCGCACAACAACUUUGACCUUCUUCGGAUGAUCACAACGAACAUCUACGUUGACUUGUCUUUAAUCAGGGACGUACUGCAAAGGGCCAAAGAGAAUGCCGAGUCGAUCUUUCGCUCGAAAAUAACCUCGCUGUUGAACCUUACAAGUCAUUCGAACAAGGUGUGGUUUGUUGUGGAUGACCACGUUCUGGAAACCAUUCGAAUACAUCUGAUGAACGACGAUUACAAGCAGGCCAUGCAAAGCAUAGGGGGGUGGCUCGAUCGCGAGAGGUCGAAUCAUUCAUCUGUACCGGACCUGAGCCUUCUCCAGAAGAUCAUUGAAUGGACGAUUAGUUACCGAUGCGAUAAAGUCCUCGAAGCAAUGCCUUGUUUGUCGGAGGCAGUAAAAGCUUGGCCGACAAUUUUACUCGAUGUCAUGACUACCUAUGCACAGCCUGAAAGAGUAGGAAGAGAAGAGGACCUUGAGAGAGAGCGUAAAAUCUUUUUCAAGUUGGUCGACGAAGUCCAGAAGCUCGAAUUCAACGAUAUAUACCUCACAGGCUCGGAUAGUGGUCCAUCCGUCGACUCGCAAUGGACAGCUCUUCAUGCGGCAGCUUUGUGGCAGCCAUACGCCAUUGGUGCGGUCCUGAAACUCUGGCCAGGCGCAAUACACCGAAGGACCACGCAUGGACUCACGCCUCUUGCUGUGUCAAUAUGCGCACGACCAAAACAAAAAGGUCACUCUUCAAUACCAUCUCUAGGGCCGAGGGUUCUCGCUUUCCUCAAAGCAGCUACCACUGGUGAAGCCGAAGCGCUUUGCGGAGAUUCUCUUCUUUCCCCACUGCACUGCUCGAUAGCGUGCUGCCCACCAGACAUAACGCAGAUUCUAGUUGAGCAUGGAGCUACAAGUAGCGUUUCUUUAACAGAUCCCGAAGACUCCAAAACCUACAGGAUCCUCAAGAUAAUUGCUUUGCUGGAAAGUAAAAUCUCUUGGCGCGGCACGUAUAUGACAUGGAAGUCACGGUACAAAGCGAAUAUGUCGCUUGAGGAUUACUACAAAGAUAAGCUCCCGCCGUCUACGACCUGA